CGUUGAUUGCGCUAGUCAACUGAAAUUACUAAAGUUCCUAUGCUUCACCCUUAUUAUAUUCUACUUUUCAUUAAGAAAGCUUAAAGAACCUUAGUUCCAAGGUAGCAAUAACCAUCCCCAACAAAACCAUUUCCUUUCCUAUUCUCCUUAGUAAACAUGCUGUUUGUUCAAUCACCAACCAAAAACCAACCAUCUCGUUUCAUAAACCUCGUUAUUGUCUCAUCUUCUGUAUGUGUAAUCUAUCUUCUUGUGUCACUACUCCUCACAUGUUCUUCAAACUUGUUACAUACAUAUUCUUCAUCAUCUGAACAUGUUCAUGCACCAACCUCUCUUGAGCAUAUCGUGUUUGGGAUUGCCUCUAACCAGAAAUCUUGGACUAAGAGGAAGGAGUAUGUUCGGCUUUGGUGGAAACCUCGCCAAAUGAGAGGAUGCGUGUUCCUUGAAAGCCCUCCACCUGAUCAUGAACCUGCCAACAAUGACACUUCUUUUCCACCAGUUUGCUUCUCUGAAGACACUUCACGAUUUCGGUACACUUACAGGAAUGGCCUCAGGUCAGCGAUUCGCGUGGCACGCGUUGUUUCCGAGACUGUGGCACUCAAUCAUUCUGAUGUGCGUUGGUAUGUGUUUGGGGAUGAUGACACGGUUUUCUUUCCAGACAAUUUGGUAAAGACUCUCUCAAAGUAUGAUCAUGGCCUUUGGUACUACAUUGGGACUCACUCUGAGAUUUUCGAGCAGAACAGGUUUUUUGGAUUUGGAAUGGCUUUUGGAGGGGCAGGUUUUGCUAUAAGUUACCCCCUGGCAAAAAUUCUGGCAAAGGUUUUCGAUUCAUGUAUAGAACGGUAUCCACAUCUCUAUGGAAGUGAUUCAAGGGUCUACACUUGCUUGGCAGAGCUUGGAGUUACUUUGACACAUGAGCCAGGUUUCCAUCAGGUUGAUGUGCGGGGCGAUUUGUUUGGUCUAUUAGCUGCACAUCCAGUAACACCCUUGGUAUCCCUGCAUCACUUGGAUCACCUAGACCCUAUCUUCCCAAAAAUGACAACCACUAAAGCUCUAGAACAUCUAUUUGAAGCUGCGAAUGUUGAUUCCCAGAGAAUCUUACAACAAUCAAUUUGCUAUGAUAGAUGGUUUUCAUGGACCGUUUCUGUUUCAUGGGGUUAUGCUGUUCAAAUAUUCCCAAACCAUAUAUUUUUGCCAGACGUUCUCCAUGUGCAACAAACAUUCCAGCCGUGGAAAAAAGGAAGCCCUUUGGCAGAAGCCUAUACAUUUAAUGCAAGACAACUUCAUUCUGACCCUUGUAGAAGACCUACCAUUUUCUUUUUUGAUGGUAUAUCUUCCAAUAGGGAUGGAAUCAAGAGCAAUUACAAGAAGUCUUUUGUAAAUUGCUCACAUGACAUGGCUUCACCAAGGAAAGUGCAAGAGAUCAGAGUGCUCUCACAUAAGUUAGACCUUGAUAUUAAACAGUUGCAGGCUCCAAGAAGGCAUUGUUGUGAUGUGUUACCUUCUUCUGCUGGUGAAGUUAUGGAAGUUGCAAUUAGAGAAUGCAAAGAUGAGGAGUUAAUUUACAUGCAUCCAUAAUAGUGUUCAACACAAUGCAGGUUACUCCUAUGAUUUUGCAUUAUUGUUCCAGAUGGGCAGCAGAUAGUAGUAGAGGCAUCAUUAACCAUAGAUCAUUAUCACAGAUAAUAGGAAAGUCACUGGCCUAAGCCAUAUAUAUACAAUUUGAAUAUUGAUCACUGUAUAGUUUAGUGAGCUCGUUUCAUGUUCGGUUCAGAGAGCUUUCGUCCUUGAGAAUUUCUCAUUGUUGUUGGCUUUCUCGAAUGUAAGACUAUCAGAAGACCGGCAAAGCAGAGAGCCAAAACUUUCUGAUUAUAGGAGAUCCAAGGAGAAAUUUGGGAAUUUUUUUGCUAGCAAUGAUCUAUUCUUUGGUUACUUUGAGGAGCUCAACAACAAUCCAAAUUUAAUCUUACCAAUAUUGGGAGGUUGAUAUUAUAGCAAUGUAAUGAAAUUUAUGUAUUACUCAAAAGAAAAUUCUGUAUAUUUAGUUUACAUGAAUAGAACAAUUUACAAUGCACCUUGUAGGCGAAUAUUUGCCACUUCUGGAGAAGUGGCUAACAUUGACACAUUUGUUGCCUACAAUGUACACUUUGCAUUGUACUAUUCAUGUAAACUAAUAAUCAUCUUUUUAGUUUUAGGAAAUAAACAUUCUAGUAGACUGCAAAAUCAAGAUUUUAAAAUAAAAACAAAAAGAAAAAUAUUGCAGUGA